CUGUUGGUUGUCAUGUUGUUUGUUUUUGUUUUGCAAACUGUUCUCCGCGGUUCUUUCUCGUUCUUCGUUACUAAAAACUAAUCAAUAACGAUGAAUUUCGUUCUGCCCGGCGCCAACGUAAAGAUGCUGGCCCGUGCCGUGAACUGUUUCUCCAAGAUCGGCAACGAAUUGUUCUUUGAGGCCACCCCGGAUGGGCUUGAUUUGAAAACGAUCAACUCAACCAACACGGCGUAUGCGGUUGUUCAGUUUAGGCGCGAUUUUUUCAUCAGUUUUCAGCAGGGUAAGGCGGACACGCCCGAUGAAAACUGCUGCAAGAUAUCGGUGAAACCUAUACUGAAGAUAUUCAAAAGUCUUGCCACAAUACAAACGUGUAAAAUAUGGCUAGAAGUUAAUCAAUCCAAAAUCAUAUUCCAAUUCCGCUGCAAAUCGGACGUGCUAAAGACGCACAAAAUAUAUCUCCUCGAGAGCGAACACAUCAAUUCACUCAACCUGUCCCAAACGUUUCCCAGUGAAAUCGUAGGCAAUCACAAAGUGUUCACGAACAUUCUGGUACAUCUGUAUCAUUCGGUCGAUGAAAUUUCGUUCGAUUUGAACGAGGACAAAACGGUCGUUUCCAACUACGUAGACAACGAUCAACUCGAUCGGUCCACGUUGCGAUCGACGCUUGCCAUCGAUUCAUCCGCCUUUCAAACGUACCGGCUGUCUGCCAAAGCGAAGCUAAUCUUCUGUUACAAAGAGUUUAAAGCAAUCACCAUGUUCGCUGCUCUGAAUAAGCUGAACGUGCGAAUGAGCUUCUCCGCGCCCGGGUCGCCGUUAAUGCUUGAGAUGAGUAAAGGAGAUGUCGUGCAAGGCAAGUUCAUCAUGGGCACGAUGAAACCUUCCGCCCAGUUGAACAGUAGACGAGCGCACCGUCGGAAACCGGUUGAUCGAAACGUUUCCAACCGUUCCGUCGGUAUGGACAGCGAAGCGAUUAACACGUACUUGACCGAAGACAUUACGAGCAACGGUAACACGGAAGAGUCGCAAAAGGAUAGUUCACAGAAUACACCCUCCAAUUCUGCUGCUGCUGCUCCUCGGAAGACUGUCCGAGAUGUCAUGAAUGCAAGUUUGCACGCUCUGCGCAACGAAACCGAUUGUAAUGCACCACGCAACGAACGUACACAUCGUCCGGGGGAAACAAACUCGGUUCGACAACUAUUGGGGACGCCUGCUCCCGGUACCCGUGGAACCCAUGCAUCGGAGACUAUGUUUGACGAAAGGAAUACGGAAAAUCUUCCCUUUCUGGAAGGGCUUAAUUUCCGCGCCUCUAACGUUAACAGGGUCGAGUCCAUUCCUACCAUGACGGAUGACUCAUUUGGCAUCAACGAAUUGCAACCAGUGCAUCCGGAGCGAUUAAGCUCUGACAACAACCUUUCGGCCUUACGGAGUAGUGAUUCAAUGUUUUCCCGCAAACGGCCACAAAAAGAAACGUCACCCAACGAAAGGGGCAGCGAUCGGCGGGAGCAUGAAAAGCCCACGGAGGACAGCGUUCCCGAGUCACCGAAUGUGAUCGAGGAGCGUAAGCGAAAGCAAGCCAAACUGCGACACAUCUUUCGGCGAUGCUUCGAACCAACGUUUAAUCCUGCCUUUCAACCUGGCUGUAGCCAAAUCUAUGCCCCCAACUCAGAUUCGGACGAGGAAAUGGACACAUAAAAUGACGGUGGCGCAUGUUUCGGAUGGACCUCUCAGAAUAAAAGCAAAUUCACUCGGACACACACGCAGGGAGUUAUGAUUUUUUUACAAUCUCGUCCGUUUGUUUCUUCUUUAUUGUCCUUUUCGUACUGUUCUAUAUUGAGCGAUGUCGCGGCUAUCACUGUCUUUUUACUCUCAAAAAAAAAAGUUCCAGUAGUAGUAUUUGCAGUGGUAGUAGUAUAGUCGGUUGUCCUGAUUGUACACAACGUACGAAUAAAUUAAAUAAAUAAAUAAUUUAAAUAAAUAAAUAAAUUAUCUUAAAACUCCUA